GAUACUGUAUCUGUUGCUAUCUUUGUUGAAAGUGUCUUGCACUUGCCAGAGGAGAUAAAUCAGUCAGAACUCAAAAAUACCACGACCAACAGCAAUCAAUACUGGACGUGCAUACGUGGGAAUUGUGCAGGCAUAGUCUGUCGUAAGGAGGCUCUAUCAAUCCUGAUUUAUAUCGAUCACUCUGCCUGUCACCAAACAACUAAUUUACAUUUCUACUUAACACACCGUUGACCAUUGUCACGACCGCUCAUUGCGGACGUUGAGUCUCGGACACGAUGGGCUCCACCCCAGCAUGGAAAGAGACAGCCCAGCAACGGCGCAAGCAACAAUUCGAGUCCAUACCCGAAGACUGGCGUCUAACCUCUAUCCCGGACGACUUUCAAGACAGCCGAAACGUGAUCGAGCAGUCCGGGAUACUAACCCCAACCGAGCUCGAAAUCACCAGCACGGUUGGCGCACGCAAGAUCCUCCGCCGGUACGAAGAGGGCGCCUGGACGGUCGAGGAAGUGGUGACUGCUUUUUGCAAACGCGCCGCGCUCGCCCAGCAAUUAAUCAAAUGCUGCACUGAGAUGAUGUUCGAGUCGGCGAUUGCGCAAGCCCGCGAUUUGGACCGCUGGUACGCCGACACAGGCACGUUUGUGGGGCCCUUGCACGGGAUCCCGCUGUCGCUCAAAGAUACGCACCAGGUCGCCGGCGUAGACACAACGGUGGGCUGGGUCGGGAUGAUCGGUAAGCCUGCUGCGCAGGACGAGUUGACGGUCCAACAAUACCGGGCGCUCGGGGCGAUCGUUUACGUCAAGACGAAUGUGCCUCAAAGUCUGAUGAUGAGCGACAGCUACAACCACGUGUGGGGUCAGAGUGUGAAUGCACUGAGGCGUGAGCUCAUUUCUGGUGGGAGCUCAGGUGGUGAGGGCGCGCUCGUGGGUGCGAGAGGGUCGAUGUUGGGAAUUGGGACAGACAUUGGUGGCAGUAUACGUAUACCUGCUGCUUUGCAGGGGCUGUAUGGACUUUGUCCAAGCGUCGGGCGAGUGCCGUACAGAGAAUCCGCAAGGGACCAGAAGUAUAUUGUCCGUCCUGUGGCUGGGCCCAUGGCGAACUCCUUGUCGAGUAUUGAGCUGUUCAUGCAGGCGUAUACUAGUAUGGAGCCGUGGAAUGUGGAUCCGACGAUCUAUCCAGUGCCUUGGAGGGAGGAGAUCGACGAACAGGUGCAAUCGAAGGAGAAGUUGAGGAUCGGAUAUAUCGUGGACGACGGCGCGGUCAUGCCGCAUCCUCCGAUCCAGCGGACGGUCAGGGACGUGGUGCAGAAGUUGAAGGAUUGUGGGCAUGAAGUGGUCGAGUGGGAUGCGUCCAGUCACAAGGAUGCAUAUUAUGACUUGUGGGUGAAGGCUGUGCUCGCGGACGGAGGAAAACGGUUCGAGGAUCUGUGCAAGAUGGUCGACCAGCCGUUGAUUCAGGGUAUGCUUGUAGGUACUUCUGAGACUUGGCUCGACAAUGCACAGCGGAUGGAGUUGGCCGACCGCAUAUGGGAGUACAAGCGCGAGUACCUGGCCAAGUGGAGGGAGAGUGGGAUUGACGCGCUGAUCAUGCCUGUUACGCCGUGGGCCGGGAUGAGGCCCAGGGUCUGGGUCAAGAGUCAGCAGUAUUGCGGCUAUACGGCGAUGUGGAAUCUGCUGGACUACAGCGUCCUCACGAUGCCAGCGGGAAGUGUGGAUAAGGCAUUGGAUGAUCCGGACCAGGAUGCCGAGUGGAAGGCUUACGCGCAGCAUACGAGAGGGUACACGGACGAGUUUAACUACAACAUGUACAAGGAACUGUGGGAUGCUGAGAUCGUGCAGGGUCUACCGGUCAAUAUUCAGAUUGUCACGGGUAGAUUUGGGGAAGAGAAAGCUGUGGCAGUGGCCAAGAUGCUGGAGAAAUUGGGCAUUGUAUGAUGGCCGGGAUGAAGGUAGAUGUU